CCCAAAAUAUCCUUUUAACAGAAUCUUCUUUUUUUCUGAAAAUAUCUAAAGAAAAUGAGAUUGAAUUUUAGAGAUAAAUCCUGGAUUUUUCUGGUGAUUAUUUGUUGUUUAUCAUUGGUUUGUAUAGUAAAAGCAUCAGUCUCUUAUGAUCGUAAAGCUGUGAUCAUCAAUGGACAAAGAAGAAUCCUUCUCUCUGGUUCCAUUCACUAUCCACGAAGCACCCCUGAGAUGUGGCCUGGCCUAAUACAGAAAGCCAAAGAAGGAGGCUUGGAUGUUAUUGAGACUUACGUUUUUUGGAAUGGCCAUGAACCUUCUCCUGGACAAUAUUAUUUUGGAGACAGGUAUGAUUUGGUUAAGUUCAUCAAGUUGGUGCACCAAGCUGGUCUCUAUGUUAAUCUCAGGAUUGGCCCUUAUGUUUGUGCUGAAUGGAACUUUGGGGGAUUUCCGGUUUGGCUCAAAUUUGUUCCCGGUAUGGCUUUUAGGACGGAUAAUGAACCUUUCAAGGCUGCAAUGAAGAAAUUCACUGAAAAGAUUGUAUGGAUGAUGAAAGCAGAAAAGUUGUUUUCAAACGCAAGGAGGACCCAUCAUUCUUGCACAGAUUGAGAAUGAAUAUGGACCAGUGGA